ACAUGGUUGAUGACUGUGAAAAGAACUUUCCAACAGGGUGAUCUGAAUAUCAUAGGAUUAAGGGCUGUUCUUGGGGAAAUUAGUGAUGCCUUUAAAUAUUGUUUCAAAAAAAAGAUGCUCUUUUUGAUCAUUCAGUGAUCAUUUGAUCAUUGAAAGUCAAGCAUGAAGGGAUGUGCAUUAUAUUGUGUUAGGAUAUAUAUAUUUUGGGGGGAUUCCACUCCAGAAGUUUCUGUUCACAUUUUGAGUGACAGAAUUGUAUUUAAAUUUUUUCUUCCACAAAGUGUUUAAUCUCAAAGUCUGUUGUAUAACACCCUUUUAGAGAAUCGUGAAAACAUCUGCUUAGCGUGGUAGAUUGAAACAGGAAGGAGGCUUAUCCCUUGCCUUACACAGAGUCUCCUUUGGUUGAAAAUCACUUAAACACUGAAGUGAGAACAUUUGCUGCUUUUCUUGAUUUACAGAUGUUUUCUCAGAGCUACACUUCCAAACAGUCCCAGCUGACUGUAGCUAAGGCCUGGGUAAAUUGAUAAGAUGCAUCUGGUUUCAAGACACAGACUAAGUACAGGGCAGGCUCUCCGUGUCCUCAGAGAACCUGGUUGGGGGUCACAGCUAAGUCUUGGAGCCACUUGCUCUAUAUAUGAGUGCCAAGUGAAUCCCCAGCAGGGAGAGACAGGCAGGGAGUAGACUUCUGGGCUCUUCCUCCUGUUGAAAAUUCACUGGGCACUGGAGGAGGAAAUUUUCCUUCUGUCUUCUGCCCUGAAUGUUUUCCCAAACAUGAAGGCAAUAAGUUUAUUCUUCUUGGUGGGAUUUAUAGGAGAGUUCCAAGUUUCUUCAAGUGCCUCCUCGCCAGUCAAUUGCCAGUGGGCUUCCUAUGCCCCUUGGUCAGAAUGCAAUGGUUGUACCAAGACUCAGACCCGCAGGCGGUCAAUUGCUGUUUAUGGGCAGUAUGGCGGCCAUCCCUGUGUUGGAAGUGCUUUUGAACCACAAUCGUGUGAACCUACACGAGGAUGUCCAACAGAAGAGGGAUGUGGAGAACGUUUCAGGUGUUUUUCAGGUCAGUGCAUCAGCAUAUCUUUGGUUUGCAAUGGGGAUUCUGACUGUGAAGAGGACGGUGCUGAUGAAGACAGGUGUGAGGACUCAGAAAGCAGGCCUUCCUGUGACCUCGAUAAACCUCCUCCCAACAUAGAACUUACUGGACACGGUUACAAUGCGCUCACUGGCCAGUUUAGGAACAAAGUCCUCAACGCUAAAAGUUUUGGUGGUCAAUGCAGAAAGGUGUUUAGCGGGGAUGGGAGAGAUUUCUACAGACUGAGCGGAAAUAUCCUCUCCUAUACAUUCCAGGUGAAAAUAAAUAAUGAUUUUAAUUAUGAAUUUUACAAUAGUACCUGGUCUUAUGUAAAACAUACAUCAACAGAAUAUUCAUCAUCUAGUGAAGGACGCUUCCUCUUUUUUAGUUCUUCAUCUUCUUCAUCCAGUUACUCUUCAGAUAUUGAAGAAAUCCAUAAGGAAAAGAGUUAUCAGUUGUUGGUUCUUCAGAACACUGUUGAAGUGGCUCAGUUUAUCAAUAACAAUCCGGACUUUUUACAACUUUCUGAGUCAUUCUGGAAGGAACUCUCCUACCUUCCCUCUCUGUAUGACUACAGCGCCUAUCGAAGACUGAUCGACCAGUAUGGGACACAUUAUCUUCAGUCUGGUUCCUUAGGAGGAGAAUACAAAGUUAUCUUUUAUAUGGACUCAGAAAAAAUCAAACAAAGCGGUCUUAGUUCAGAGGAGAAGAAGAAAUGUGCUUCCUCACAUAUCAAGUUUUUGUUUAAAUCAUCAGAGCACAAAUGCAAGGAGAUGGAAGAGACCUUAAAAUUGGUUUCAGGAACUCAGGGCAGUGUGUUACGAGGGGUCCCAUUUGUCAGAGGGGGACGUCCUGGCCUUGUGUCUGGCCUUAGUUACCUGGAACUGGACAAUCCUGCUGGAAACAAAUGGAGAUAUUCUCGCUGGGCAGGAUCUGUGACUGAACUUCCCCAAGUCAUAAAACAAAAGCUGACACCUUUGUAUGAGCUGGUAAAGGAAGUACCCUGUGCCUCUGUGAAAAGGCUAUACCUGAAACGGGCCAUUGAGGAAUAUCUCGAUGAAUUUGACCCCUGUCAUUGCCGGCCUUGUCAAAAUGGUGGCAUGGCCACUGUUAAGGGGACCCAGUGUCAGUGCCAUUGCAAACCAUACACGUUCGGUGUGGCCUGUGAACAAGGAGCCCUCAUAGGGGAUCAAGCAGGAGGGGUUGAUGGAGGGUGGAGCUGCUGGUCCUCUUGGGGCCCCUGUGUUCAAGGGAAGAAAACAAGGAGCCGAGAAUGCAAUAACCCACCUCCCAGUGAGGGUGGGAAAUCCUGCAUUGGAGAAACGUCAGAAACCAGACAAUGCGAAGACCAGGACUUGGAGCAUUUGCGAUUGCUUGAACCACAUUGUUUUCCUUUGUCUUUGGUUCCAACAGAAUUCUGUCCAUCACCUCCUGCCUUGAAAGACGGAUAUGUUCAAGAUGAAGGUGCCAUGUUUCCUGUUGGGAAAAACAUAGUGUAUACUUGCAAUGAAGGAUACUCUCUUGUUGGAGACCCUGUUGCCAGAUGUGGAGAAAAUUUACAGUGGCUUCUUGGGAAAAUGUAUUGUCAGAAAAUUGCCUGCGUUCUACCUGCACUGAUGGAUGGCAUACAGAGUCAUCCCCACAAACCUUUCUACACCGUUGGUGAGAAAGUGACCUUUUCCUGUUCAGGUGGCAGGUCCUUAGAAGGUCCUUCGACAUUUCUCUGCGGAUCCAGCCUUAAGUGGAGCCCUGAGAUGAAGAACGUCCAGUGUGUGCAAAAGGAUGCCCCUUUGGCACCGGAAGUGCCUGAAUGUCAGCGUUGGGAGAAACUGCAGAACUCAAGAUGUGUUUGUAAAAUGCCUUAUGAAUGUGGAUCCUCCUUGGAUGUAUGUGCUCGAGAUGAGAGAAGCAAGAGGAUACUGCCUCUGACAGUUUGCAAGAUGCAUGUUCUCCAAUGUCAGGGUAGAAAUUACACUGUUGCUGGUAGGGAGAGCUGUACUCUACCUGCCUCAGCUGAGAAAGCUUGCGGUGUGUGUCCACUAUGGGGAAAAUGUGAUGCCCAGAGCAGCAAAUGUGUCUGCAGAGCCGCCUCGGAGUGCGAGGAAACAGGGUUCAGCGUCUGCGUGGAGGCGAAUGGCAGGGAGCGGACGAUGACAGAGUGUGAGGCCGGCGUCCUGAGAUGCCGAGGACAGAGCAUCUCCGUCACCAGCAUCCGGCCCUGCGCCGCCGAAGCCCCGUAGCUCCCGGCGCCCGGUGGGCCUGCUCGCGAUCCUGCAGCCGCGUGGCCGGGUUAAAACCUCUGCACGCUCGGCCCCGUAGACAGCUUCUCAGCACGCGGGCCCAUUCUUUCUCCUUCCGCUCCAUGUCCACUUCUCCCAAUCCCCAGGCCCUGCAUAAUGACACAACCCCUUGUUCUCCCAAACCUGAAUCCACAUCCUCUUUUUCUUCUCUUUUUAAAUGUCAGUCAGGCUGAAGGAUAUUGGUGAACCUCUGAAGGAGCUGUGUGUUCUUGGAAAAAUUGCUGACUUCUCUGGACCUUGACUUUUUAUUUAAUCUGAAAAUUAGAGGGUUGGAUUAGAGAAAUUGGAAUGCUCUAUGAUUCUUUUUAGUAUGAUUAAAAGAACCGACCAGAACACACUCCACAAAUUGAUUAUGAAAACAAA